UAGAAGGGCGAUUUUCUUCCAGCGCAGUUUACAAACAAAUUUUCGUUCGAAAUGGCGACGCUGAAGAAAAUAAGUUCCCAUAUUUUGGUGGGCCUUGUGGUCGGAUGCGCCCUGCUCCAACUGACACAAGGUUUCACGAUCGGGGACUACCCUAAGUGGAAGCUGGCUGGCUGGAACAAACUACCAGGCUUCAAGGCGAGGAUCACUCAAAAGGGUCUGGACUUCUUCAGAGAUAUCGGCAUGGAGACGAUUCAGAAACACAUCCGAGAAAUGCAUAUUCCUAGUCAGCACGGCUCAGCUGGUCCCAUCGACUACGCCGCAACAAAUAUCAGGAUCGUCUCCUUUGGGCUACCUGCCUCCAUCAAUCCUAACACCCCGUCCAGUGAUGGCAUGUCGCUUCAUGUGAGAAAGGGUUCGUUCUUCCUGCGUGGGGAUCUCAGUUACGACUUUGUGUUUACUCAUCAUGGAGACUUCGAUGCCAAACUUGCAGAUAUCUCCCUCGAUGCUACCAUACGAAUCGGAGUGGACUCUACCGGCAGACCUACGGCAAGUGCUGAAUACUGUUAUUUCUAUGUCGGAUAUGUCCAUGUCAAUCUUGACGCGGGCAUGGCUUGGAUGUUUGAGGAUAAGGUCGCCGAUCAGUUGAAACAGACCUUGAAUCAACAGGUCUGCAGCAGUGUUAACAAAGCUAUCAAUCAGGAUCUGGAGAACAAAUUGAGAGCGCUAAAGGUGACUAUGCCCUACAAAGACAUGUUCAAGUUUGACUACUCUCUCGUCCAAAGUCCAUCUUUCAAUGGCUCUGUCGACACCGCUCACAAGGGCGAAGUGUAUCCGAUUGGGAGUAAGGCCGAAUGCCCGAUACCAAUACCCGGGAUACCACAAGACUCGGAUCGGACUUCGAAGAUGCUGUUCUUGUGGGUAACCGACUACCUGCCCAACUCUGCCGGUUACGUCUUACAGGAAACCGGACAUCUGCAGCAUACUGUGACUCCCGAAAACGUGCCACCAGAACAGAAGAAAUACCUCAACACCUCAAGCAUGGCUAUAAAGAUGCUCAUCCCGCAGAUCGGCAAGCUGUACCCGAACAUGGCGAUGUGGAUUAGUCUGAACAGCACAAAGACUCCCUCGGUCAAGAUCACUCCGAACGGCAUCCAAGCCGUCUUGACCGCCGAUUGCUCCCCAUACGCAGUACAGCCGAACAUGACCAAGACCUUCCUGUUUACACUCGGCGUGACCAUUACUGUGGACUUGACUGUCGGGACGAAGGGCAACAACAUGAUACAUCACGUGGGUCGUGUCCUCUUUCAGCGAUCGAGUCCAGGAGGAAACAACGAGUGGUGA